AUGAGUGCAAGAUAUUUGUUUGAUGCCAAAUGUGAAAAAAGUGAACCGGUUGAGAAAGCUAAUGGUAAUGAUGGAAAUAGCUCACAAAAUGUAACUCUAAGUUUAGGAGCAAUUUUAUCACAGAGCAUAUCAGAACCAACACCCACAUACCAUCAGUCAAAUUUUUUCAACAGAAACACCCAAACGGAGAUAUUUUCUCUCUCUAAAUGUGAAUGUUGCUACAAUAUGAAAGGAGAAAUAUUUCACAUUACCCAGUGGGGAGCAAUGUCAAGGUGGUCUGAUGCAAUAAAAUAUGAUUUAAAGGAAAUAUUUCAAGCACUGAUCAGACACACUAAUAGUAAUAAGAGAUUACAGGAAUCAUUAGCAGAAAGAGAACGUAAAAUUGAAGAAUCUUUUUCAGAAAUUGACGAUAAAAUUAUUACUUUACAAGAGGAAAUCCAUUCAUUACAAGAACAAUUACAGACUGGUUAG